AUGCUUGACAAUCACAUUCCAGCCGAAAUGGAAGGCAACAAUAAAUGCCCAUCGCCACUGAUACGAUGCCAGCCUGUUACUGCUAGCGAUAAACGAAAAUCUGAUUUCAUGAUACAAAUUGAAAAUGGCUCCGAAAUGCAGAAAAAGUUCUCCGAUUUGGAAAAACUGUACGACGCACUUCGUCAAGAUGGUCUUAUUCCAGAUAGCACUACGCCACCGCCAAAAAGGAAAUUUCUAGAAGCUGAAACCAAACUGACUGACAGGCGAAAAGUGUGGAUUAGAAGCUUUGUUUACCUUGCCAAGCGCCGAGCCACCCAGAAAAUCUAUGCUGUGAAAGUAAUGAGUAAAGAGCAUAUCAAAUUGCGCAACGAGGUCAAGCAUAUCAUGGCAGAGCGAAACGUCCUCAUAUCCAACGUCAAUCAUCCAUUUCUCGUUGCGCUCCACUACAGCUUCCAGACUAAGGACAAACUCUAUUUUGUACUUGAUUACCUGAACGGCGGAGAGGUUUCCUACAUUCGCAACAAUUUUGGUUUUAAAUAA